GGCCAGUUGAACGAAGUUCGCACCAAAGAUGGAAAGAACUGAACGGAAGUGUUCACGCUCUUUUUCAUUUUCAACUUUGAUAUUCAGCUGGGCCCAAGGUGGGAUUGUUACGACCGCAAUAUUGUUGCCUCCUCUUUUAUCGUUGCUCGAAAAUCAGGCUUCACAGGCUUCAUCAAACUCAAAUUUUAUAGCUCUUAUUCCAAACAUGCCUCAGACACGCGCAAAAACUACAGCGUCCGGUCAUACCCAUGAUACUCCAUCAUCAUCUCCCGCACCGGCGACUAAUUCUUCGCCAACUCGUGCUACACCGUAUACGCGUUCCAAGGGACCCGCGGCGGUAUCAGCAGAACCGAUUAACAGUACUAGUACUGCUCAACCUCGCGUUCGUACACCACUAACAAUCCGCUUGCCAAGAGCAUCGAUUGCAGGACAUUCAAAGACAUUAUCUAUCACAAAUAACGCUUCUACAUCGUCUCUUACUGCUUCUGCACCCGCUAUUGGCAUUAAUAUUGCUGGUGCUCCUAUUCCCACCUCAUCCAUACGUACCCCCAUACCUACACCUACCCCACUGAUACCUACCUCUGCACCAAAAUCUGCACCUGUAUCAUCUGCGCACCUACCUGCUCCACCUAUUUACACUUUCCCACCACCCCCACCACCUCCAAAUCAUGUCAAUGACCGUACAGCUGCAGCGCACACCUCAUCGACCAUUCAACUCCCCGCAUCUGUGACACCUAAUGCUAAUGCAGCAGCUUUAUCAACUUUAUCCGCGCAAUCCGCAGCAUUAGCAAAUACCUCAGUUUCUACUUUUCCGCGCUGUCCUACACCUCCCGCGUCAUCGCACGCUUCGCUGUCCACAUCAACUACUCUACGUCCUGUUCAGCGCACGCUAGCAGUAGGUUCUGAGUCGCAGAUUGCUAGCUGGCCUCAGGCUCAAUAUCCCACGCCGUCCUCAGCAGGAGCCUUACCUUCCCCAGCUUCUGGCGUAGACCCUGGGUCUGAUUAUGCAGGGGAUGCAAUGGAAGUAGAUACAGAAGGCAUUUCAGCGAUGAUGAAUAGUCACAAUAGCUCGACAACUCUAAAAACAUCGGACAAACAUCGUGAGGCAAAUAAAAAAUACAGGCAGCGGCUGAAGGAAAGAAUAAAGAAUGGCGAGAUUGACGAACUAGAAGCUGAGAAAAUGAAAGAGAGGAAGCGUAUUAAUGCUCGUAAUUCUCGUGCUCGAAGGAAGCUGGCGAUGCGUAACGAAGCAGCUAAAGACAAUGGGUCCAUGUCAAGUGUCGAGCCAGGCCCGCUUCUCGGUCCUAUCAUCCAAACAUCUCUUCCUCCACCCGUUGACCCAGCCCCAGGUCCUGGUGAUUUCAUGCUGUGCCUCCCCGAUACGAACCCACCAGCGGGGUCUUACUACUCCACGACAUUUCACGAAAUUCUUACCAAAGCUGACCGCAACAGCGGGAGCAGCGACGGCGCGAGCAUCACUCACCCACACUUCGAGCCCGAUAGCCACCCCAAUUUCGACUUUGAUGCCGCCAUGCCCCCAGCUCUCUUCCCACUCACCAAAGCCCGAGAUUUCCGCGACGCCUGUACGAUGACAGAACCCUCUCCAGAUCUCCCAAAAGAAAGCGAACUCCCUUCAUCUCUAGAACCCAUCGCCCCUGCCCUCGCUCGUCGUCCCCAUAGACAACUCACCCCAGAACGUCUCCACGAUUUCGCCACAAAUCCACUACAACUCGUCGACAAAGCUUUCCUCCUCAUCGUCCCUGAUCCAAGCAGUACCCUCGGAAAACUCGUGUUAUGUAAAGUCCUCGAGUACCGGGCGUCUUCUGCUGGACAUCGGUUUCUUGUGCAGUUCUGGGGGGAUAAGAAGGCCAGUGAGAUGGGUGUGGAUAGGAUGAUGAAGGUGCUGGAAGGUGGGUACGAGAUUGAUCCCCCGUCUGCUGGUCCUGGUGCUGGACCUCAGGGGGUGGGGUUAGCGGGGAGGGUAUUUGGCGCGUUGCGUUCGUUUACUGGGUUUUAGGUCCUUGCAGGAGGUGCUCUUAUCUCCUUCGUUUCAUUUGUUUAUCGUGUUUUUAUCAUUUUUCCUGUUAUUUCCCCCGAGGCUGUUGUGCGUUGUAUUCACCUUGUUGUUGUGCUGCACUUCUCGCGUUGCUUUGGCUGGUGUGGAUAUACUUUUUAUCUUCAUCUUUGUUGUUUGUUAUUUUUUCCCCUGUUUUAUGUGUUACUUGCUUGUUACUUACUAUUUCGUUAUCGUGUUGAUAUUGAUAGUAAUGACGACGCGGUGUCCCUGCAGGCGUACUCGGAAUCAAUCGGAGUAAGUCUGAUCAGGCCCUGGUAGCGCCGUACCGCGAGCCCGUGACCUAUAGGUCUCAGUUGCGUCUCGUGCACGCGCAAGCAGGUAGUUGAAUACCAG